AUGAGGUCCUUCACCGCGUCCCUCGUCUUUCUCGUCUCCUGUGUCGGAUUCAUCGGAUGUAAACCGUCGUCGCUGUGCCCGAGCGGACAGUUUUUUCUGAAGAACCAGUGCGUCCUGUGUCAUCCCACCUGCUCCGAGUGCGACGGACACGAGCUGUUUGAAUGCACUACCUGUGGAGUUUAUGAAGAUGGACAGGAACGUUUCCUCCACCAAGGUCGCUGUCGGACACACUGUCCCCGGGGACUCUACCCUGACAGGGGUCACUAUGCCUGCCUGCCCUGCAUCGCCAAUUGUGAACUCUGCACAGAUGGCAACAUAUGUGCCAAAUGUCGGGAACACUACAAACUCCAGAACGGGAUCUGCCAAACAGCGCUGUGUGACAUAGGGCAGGUGCAGGACCCUGAUACAGGAGAGUGCAUUGACUGUGAAGUGGGCUGCAAAACAUGUUCCACAGAAGACCCUGAGAUCUGCAACAGCUGUGUUGAAGGUUACUUUCUUUUCAGACACCAGUGCCGCAGACAUUGCCCCCAGAGCACCUACGAGGACUGGGACCGGGGCGUCUGUCUGUCCUGUGCAGCGCCAUGCGAGGACUGCAGGAGCAGCACACACUGCCUCGCCUGCCAGUCUGGUUACUUCCUCAAUGGAGGUGAGUGUAUGAAACAGUGUCCUCAGCAGACCUUCAGCGACUCCAGUGGGUGGCGCUGCCAGCUCUGCCAUAGCUCAUGCCAGUCGUGCCACGGACCUCGUUCAACAGACUGUGACAUUUGUCUUGGUGGGAACCUUCCUCUGCACGGACAGUGCCCUCAGGUUAACUGCCCACUGGGACAGUACUUUGAUGGACUUUUUCUGGACCAGGACAGUUCUUGUGUGGCACAGUGCCCAUCCGGCUCCUAUGCCAACUCUGCCACUCAGCUGUGUGAGGACUGUUCGCCAAAUUGUGAGUCCUGCGUGGACACCAGUGACACCUGCAUCAGCUGCUCCAAAGAGGUUUCUUCGAGACAGCAGAGGGCUCAUGUGAAGCCUGCGAUAGCUCCUGUCUGA